AUGAAAAUAAGAGGGUUUGAUGUUCAAGUUAUUGUUAUGCUAAUGAGCAUGUUAAGCUUAGUUUAUUGUCAAAACAAAGAGGUAGUCACUACCACUAACAUUGAUGGUGGUAGAAUUGGUUCACAUUCAUAUGCAUUUUAUGUGUUAGGUGAUUCCUCAGUUGAUUGUGGAGACAACACCCUCUUCUACCCUCUCCUUCAUGGUCAUUUCUCUUUGUAUCCAUGUAAUGGCUCUGAUUCCACACUUCUUCCUCAACUUCUUGCUGAAAAGAUUGGACUGAAAUCAAUGAGACCAUUCUAUGGUCAAAAUGGAUCUGUAGAGGAGAUCUUUGGGGGUCUCAACUUUGGAUCAACACAAGCUACAAUCAUGAACCAGGGAAGCCAAAGCCACCAAUCACUCAACCAACAACUCCGGCAAGUUUCCGAGACCAUGCAGCUGUUGCAGCUGCAUCUGGCCACGGACAUUGCUCUCCAAUUUACAAGAUCCUCCAUCUUUGCUCUCUCAUUCGGCAAAGACGAUUACAUUGAUCUCUUCCUUCAGAACUCUACCAACCAAAUGUCCAACCACACUUUUGCCACCAUUCUUGUGGAUCAAAUGACAAAUGCAGUGAGGUACCUCUAUGAUGCAAAUGCAAGGAAGAUCAUAUGCUUCGGAAUCCUUCCUUUGGGGUGCACUCCACGCGUGGCGUGGGAGAUGAAUCGCACGUCAGAUUACAAUGGAAGUGGUUGUGAGGAGCAAGUUAAUGAUUUGAUCAUGGAAUACAAUAACUUGCUAGAGGAACAUAUGGCCAAGCUUAACACUGAACUCCCUGAAAUUCAUGUGGUGUUCUGUGAUGUAUACCAUGGAAUGAUGGAGAUUAUCAACCAACCUUGGCUUUUUGGUUUUGUAGACACAAAGACUGCAUGUUGUGGACUAGGCUUGAAUGGUGCAAUGAUAGGAUGCAUGUCCAUGGACAUAGCAUGCAACGAACCUUCAAAACACCUAUGGUGGGAUCUAUUGAACCCUACACAAGCAGUAAACUCAAUCCUAGCUGAUGCAGCGUGGUCUGGCUCACUAAUCUCAAAUCUUUGCCAUCCUAUCACCAUCCAUGAAUUGGUCAACAUCAAAGUGUAGAAGAAACAACCACCACCAUUUUUCUUGAUUGAUCAUAUCUUUUUACCCUAUAUGUUAGCUUUGAAGAUGUUACAAAACACAAGUUCUUAAGUCUAGCUUACUCCAUUUGCUUUUAGUAUUUAAUUACACCAUAAAGAACGGUUGUUAAGUGUGAUCUUAUAAAUAUAAUUAUGAUUUACUAAAAUGGGUAUUUG